GCCUGAUUUACGUAAGAUAAUCAUGACCGUGAAUUUUGAAGAACGCCGGCUUCUUGACCUUUUGCGACAUUGGCCUUGACCGUCAUCUAUAACGCUCAACAUCCGGAACCCUUUUGCUCACCCCAAUCGACGAAGCCCCGUAUCGCACAGCGACUUAUGUCAAUAUGGUUCGAUUAAUCACCCACAAUAUGCUUCAGUGCCACGUUAAGAACUGCACCAAAGACAACUUUCCGCUCGUGUUUUCUGACGUGGAGACUGUGAUCAGGGAGGCCAAUUUCAACCCGGAUUUCAUUCAGAGGUUCCUGCCAAAGUUGGAUUGGAGGGCUUUGGUGGACACUGCCAGAAGUCUCGGCGACAACAGCCUCCCAGAGCAGAUGCCUGAAGACUUCUCCGAAGAGCAACUGCAAGCGUUGCAUUACGUCCUCUUUGAGCUCAAUGUGGAAGAGGGCAACAUGACAUGCCGGGGUUGUGGGCAUGUCUACCCUAUCUCCAACGGUAUCCCUAAUAUGCUGCUCGCUGAGCACGAGGUGGGCCGCUAGAUAGUAGACCAGGAGGUCUUGAGGUCAUCUGGGUUUGACAUUUGUUGUACAUUAUGAUGCAUUUGUGGUAUACCACAAUCCCC